AUGACGGGCUCACUUGAUGUGCUCUCCGAGGCUAGCCGCCUUCGCCACGGAAUCCCUUGUUCUUUUGCCGACGAUAAUCCUUACGUUGGCGGCUCACAUCGCGUAUUCAAAGUUGUCUUUGAAGACUCCGUGCGGUGGGCUGCCCGAAUUAACCAAGAUCCCAACAAUUGGGAAACUGAACUGCGUGCCGUCCGACGAUUUCAACACGUCAAAAAGCAAUGCGUGGAGAUCAAAGCGCCCAACCUUUAUGUCGCGGCAGAACACCCUGUGCUAUAUUCGGAAUGGGUCAGUGGCAAUCCAUUGGCAAUAUGGAACUCGAAAAUUCCUUUGCUUAAGCGGCACAGCCUCUUGGAUGAUCUUGCAGAGUUUCUGUUGCAAUUAUGGACUACUGCUGUUCCUUCCGCCCUUGCUCCAGAGCAAAAUUGUCUGUACUCUGUGUGGCUCACGCAAAGCCUGGACCGAGGUCUUCGGCGAACUCUAACUGGCACUGCUAAAUGGGGCAAUGCUACUGACUAUCUAAUCAUGAGGUCCAUGGUCCCAAAAUACGCCGCUGAAUUUGAUAAAUACAUUGGCGUCGGAUUUACACAUGGGGAUCUGAAUGCACACAAUGUCAUGAUAAAUGACGACUUCAACUUGACAGGGGUCAUCGACUGGGAUUGGAUGUCUGUGGCACCGCUACCUGCCAUCAUAAACCACCCUUGGUUUAUAGCCGAUAUUCCUGGAUGGAAUAAUGAUGGUGUGGCAAACGGUGAAAGCUUCAAAGAGGACCGUACUUAUCUUGAGAAUGCCAUCAAGAAGAAAGAGCUUUCGCGGCACCUGCCACUUACAAAAGCAAGCGCCAGUUUUGGGCAACGGCGAGCGAUCGGAAAGGCGCUCCUAGAUCUGCUCAGACCACUGUCUUUUGUUGGUCUUGCUUCGCUCAUAAUACACGAAAUCUCGGUUGGCCGAGCCUCAACGGGUGACUUUGUUUUCUUUAUCCAGUAUUGGUCGUCACUUAUCUCUCCAUUGGCCUAUCUCUCCGCGCAGUAUCGCUGGCUCGUAUCAUAUUUAGUGGAUGCCGAACGUCUACUGUACCUUUUUAAUUCCAAGCCCAGUAUCACCGAGAAUGAUAAUGCCACGAUCCUCAACUCCGGCGACGGCCGUGUCGUCUUUGAAAAUGUCAACUUUGCCUACGACACCCGACUGCCAAUCCUCAAAGACGCUCCUUCUCCGACUCUACGAUGUGACCUCUGGCCGGAUCAAAUCGACGGCCAAGACAUUCGAGACAUAACCCUUAGCUCGUUGCAAGAGGCCAUCGGCGUCGUCCCGCAAGACCCCGUCCUGUUCAACGCUUCCAUACUUGAGAAUCUGCUGUACGCUCGACCAUCAGCUACAGAUGAGGAGAUCCAAGAAGCAUGUCGCGCUGCAGCUAUCCACGAGAGGAUCGUGACUUUUGUAGAUGGGUACAACACUACGGUUGGAGAAAACGGUGUCAAGCUAUCUGGUGGAGAAUUGCAGCGAAUAGCCAUUGCUCGAGUCUUCUUGAAGAAGUCACCAGUUCUUCUCUUGGAUGAGGCUACUAGUGCUGUGGAUUCGGAGACCGAGUCUGAGAUUCAGGCUGCUCUUGACCGCUUGAGAGCAAGACGAACUACCUUUGUUAUUGCCCAUCGUCUUUCGACUGUUGUUGGCGCGGAUAUGAUUCUUGUUUUACACGAGGGAGAGAGUGGAAAGUGGUUCACACAAGGGGCUGGUGAAUAA